AUGGCGACAAAGACAACAGAGGCUGUGGCCUCGGAAAAGCGAGAGAUAUCAAAGCUGAAAACAUCUUGGCCGAUGUGGAAGAAGCUUACUGCCAUCGGUGUAACCCUUGCUGUGAUCAUUGCUCUGGCCAUUGGACUUGGCGUUGGCCUCACUCGAGGAAAGGGAGGAGACGAUAGCAACGACACCGCCAACGCAGAGAGCGACGACUCGACAGAACCUUACCUCAAAGCCCGUGGCAGUCUCUGGCAGCCAAAGGUCGGCGCCCAGUGGCAGAUCGUUCUCCUCAAGCCUGUAAAGCUCAACAAGGACGGAAGCGCCAAGGACCUCAAGCCCAAUGUCGGUAUCUACGAUCUGGACCUGUACGACAACGAUGCCGAGACUUUUACAGCGCUGCACAAGGCCGGGAAGAAGGUCAUCUGUUACUUCAGCGCUGGGUCGUGGGAGGACUGGCGCGAUGACAAGAACCAGUUCAAGAAGGCUGACCUUGGCAAGACCAUGGAUGGAUGGCCUGAUGAGAAGUGGAUUAACCUCAAGAGCGCCAAUGUUCGCAAUAUCAUGAAGAAGCGUAUCAAGCUUGCUGCUAAGAAGGGAUGUGAUGCUAUUGAUCCCGACAAUAUCGACGGCUAUCAAAACGACAACGGUCUCGGCUUGACCAAGAAAGACUCUAUCGACUACGUCAAGUUCCUCGCUGCCGAAGCUGCGAAAUACAACAUGUCAACAGGUCUCAAGAACGCUGGCGAUAUCAUCGGCUCUGUCCUUCCCUACGUUCAGUUCUCGGUCAACGAACAGUGUGUUGAGUAUUCUGAGUGUGAAACCUUUGCCGCUUUCAUCAAGGCCAAGAAGCCAGUAUUCCACAUAGAGUAUCCCAAAGGUGCGCCAAAGGUCAAGGAGUCCGAUCGCAAGGUCAUCUGCUCCAAGAAGGGCAAGGCAAAGGGUACUACAAGCUUCAGCACUGUCAUCAAGAAGAUGAACCUCGACGGCUGGGUCAUGUACUGUACUGGAAACACAUAUCAGACAGCAGUAGAGAACUGA